AUGAACGACCACUUUGGAUGGCUGCUCUAUCCGGCCGACGACGACCUCGUCCUUAGCGACUUCAACGUGGACGUGUCGCGGCCAGAUGACAAUUGGCUGCCCUUGGUUAUGCUCGAUCGGCUACACCGAUCCCAAGGUGCCUACUACCAUGAGGCGCUCGUGUUUGGACUUUCGCCGACAACCUGUCCAUCGUCCACAGAGCUGCCGCUCCGGAUACAAGGGCUCGACGAAAAAGUCUCCCUAUUCUGUUUACCAGCCAACCCGGAACUACGCGACAGGUGGAAGCGAGCAAUCCCGCGACAAGAGACUGCCGGGUUCUCGUUUGAAUCGAAGUAUUUUCACGUGUGCGAAAAACAUUUUGAUGUCGGAGACAUUAUUCGUGCGGAAGUGUGUACAGUGAAUGGAAACGUUGUGUCACUGCCACGCGAUCGACCCAAACUGGUAGAAGGCGCCAUUCCGAGGAUUUUCCAAGGCGUACUUGUGUACUUGUCUAAGCCCAAAGAACGUUCGCAUGCACCGACACGGCGCCCACCUGCAAAAAGGCGGCGAGUGGUAUCUUCAAACUGCGCUGAAGCCGAAGUUGCGGCCGUCGCAACUGCAGACGUCACCGAUCCAGCCGAAGAAGAAACUCACGAUGAAGUACGAACUGUGAAUCGCCUUGGCGGUGCUGAUGCAGAGUGCCUAACAGAGCACGCAGCUUGCUUUGCCUCAGAGCUGCAAAGGGUGAAGGCCCAACUUCGCAGUGUGAAGCAACAACUUCAUUCGUGUCAGCGGAAGCUCGCAAAAGUGGAGGCGCAGGUAAAUGAAAAACGUGGCAUGCAGGAAACCAUUCAGAAGCUAUCGGGCCGCGAGAUGCUCAUUAUAGAUCAGCCUAUCUCGUCUGGCCAGAAAUGGCUCCUCGCGGGCUGCGUCGACCGCAUGGCCGGCGGCGUUCACCGACUCUUGGUUGCAGGGAGUGUGGUGUGA